GUCCAGUCACAAAAGACAACACAAAUUCACUUAUCUACCUAGAUUCCUAGAACCACAAUCAUAUACACCGUACCAAAUGUCCACCCCUCUAGCCCCCAGACUCGCCAGCAGAGCACACUCCCACCUCAUCCGACUAACAACACUCUCCAUUACCACAAGAUCCCUCUCAACGAAAGCAAUGAUCCAGAAAAAAGAAUUCCUCUGUAUCAUGCCCGAUAAGCCUAAUGUUCAGGGGCUUAGGAAGCAAGUAAAAGGGUGAGGUUCUCAUAUCUAUUAUGACCUGUCCUUACAUACCCUAUCUAUAAGUUACAAUCCACCCAGUGAACCUGUACUCACGGACUUUUGAUACCUAGUGCACAUUACGAGGGGAUAAAACCGCUAAUAGCGGCCGGGAAGCUUGUUGAUGGAGGUAAGUCCUGUCCUAUCUACCUCGUAUUCUUAUGGCGAUAUCACCAUUAGCUGGAUACAUCGCUACACUACACUAGCAUUGCGAAGAGACCUCACUGGUAUUUUUAACACAAAACAAAACAGGUGCAAUCCUCGAAACCCAUCCCACAGAGACCAGUGGUACCCAAAUUAAAGGUAGUAUGGUUGUAUACACUGCUGAGAACGAAAAUGAGGUUCGUGGGAUUAUUGAGAAGGAUAUCUAUGCUACGAGUGGGGUUUGGGAUUUGGAGAAGG